GCUAAAAUAAACUGGGUGAGAUAAGCUCCAGAGGCAUCUCUGGAUGAGUUUUAUACAAAGCGUCCUUGCUCUGCCGCAGAGUGUCAGAGUGGAGCGAGGAAGCAUCCCAGCUCCAGUCCAGGAUCAACCACACAACACAACCAUCCAGAGGAACUCCCACCAACAGACAGACGGACAGGAGACACAGAAAAACAAGGACGAUGAUGAUGCAGUCCAGCCAAAAUGACUUGACUAAACAAAGGAUGAUGAAUGCUAAGGCUCUGUCUAAAGAGGCCAAAGGAGGGGGACUGAACCUGGGGAAGAAGAUCAGCAUUCCAAAGGACGUGAUGAUGGAGGAGCUGAAUCUUCCCUCCAAUCGAGGCUCGCGCAUGUUUCAGGAGAGACAGAAGCGAGUGGAGAGGUUCACCCUAGAGAACUCCGACAACAUGGCUUACAACACCAAUAAUGUCCAUCUCGAUGCCACUCAAAUCAUCUCAGAGCCUCAAGGAGGGAAAGAAAACCAGGCUUUCUCCAUCCCUGGUAAGCACAGCCUGGUCCUGAACCUACAGAAGACUGUAGCAAAGAAGGGCAGUCCUGACGUCAUUGCUCCAGGUUAUACUGGCCCCCUGAAGGAAAUCCCUCAUGAGAAGUUCAACACAACAGUGAUCCCCAAAUCCUACUCCUCCCCAUGGACGGAAGCUUUGGGAACCAAUGAAGAGCUCCUGAACGCCCUCAAUACCCAGCUGCCCCAGCUCCCACAAGGGCGCCAGCCCGCCAACUACAGGAGCUUCAACAGAUCUGCCAUGCCAUUUGGGGGUGCUAUGGCCAGCAAGAGGGUGACACCGCUCAUUGACUUCGAGGCAAUCGAAUCUCAGAACCUGCCUGGCGUCGCCCUGGACCGCAUGUGCAGAAGACCCAACUUCAACAGAGCACCCAGGGGAUGGGGAGUCUAUUACAACCCUGAGUCUAACGAACUAUGAAGGACUGAUAAGAGAAAGACUAUAAAGCGCUGAUCUAUGCUUGCACUUCUCCUACGGCAAAAAUGAUCCUCCUGUUAAAUAGUGGGCACUAUAGGUGGUGGUGGGGUGAGCACUGUGAGGACUGCUAUGCUGCUAUAGUAAUGUGUCGCUGCUGAGUGGAUUGACCAGCUGAGAAAAUAUCUGGAUUCUAGAAUCUGUUAAUUACCACAGUAGAGUCCAGGACAAUACUGCCACAGGCUUUUCAGUCUGACCUAUUUCUAUUCUUCACCAAAGACUCAUAUCUUCCCACAAAUGGCUUUACUUUUUUCUCCACCACCCACACAACACAAAACAUAAAUGAUGAAUUAUACACACUAUGAAAUGAUUCAUGACAAAAUUUGAGUCCUUUUAAUGAGUGAAAACACCAUACAAAGAAAGCCCAACAAUAACAAAGACAGAUAAAAAAAGUCAAUGUAACUGGAAAAUUAAAGUUUUUAAAAUGUUCCUAAUGUGAUGCUUUAAACAAGGAGACAAAUACA